UUUUAUAGUUGGCCUCAGAGAAGAGCAGCAGCAACAUGGAGCCCUUCCCCCAGUCUGCCAGUAUGCAUAUGAACUUUGAGGACACCCAGGCGGUCCUGGAGGACUACGCCGACGUGGUCCAGUACGAACGCGGCCAACUCAAUCCCGACGAGCACCAGGCCGACCCUCUAGACAAAGCCUCCACCUACAGCUUGACCAAUGUGGUGCCUCAGAUCAGGGAGUUCAACUUGGGUCCCUGGACCGAACACCAGGACCUCAUCCGCAAACGCCUCAACAACUACUGCCGCGGCAAAGCCUUCGUGGUCACCGGGGUCACCACUUCGGGCCACACCAUACGUCGCAACAACCUGGACCGGGUGGCCGUACCGGAGUACGUGUGGUCAGCCUACUGCUGCAUCGAGUUCGACCAGAAUGCCCCGUACUUUGUGCGCUACAAGUUCCCCGUAUUUGGAGCUUAUGGGUUGAAUGAUCGCAUCAACAACCACAUGGUAGAAGUUCCUCUCAAAAAUCUGGAGAAAUUCCUCAAGGGAAGGAUGGAUGUGGACAAGAACUUCCAGAUUUUCUAUAAUGAUUGUGUGCCAGAGAGCUGAGAGAGAGAGUUUAAAAUGAGUUAGAGAUCCAGCACUUGACUGCAGAAAGGUUUAAUGUUCUUGCAGUUUGAAUAUGCAUAGAAAUAAGAUGUGCUGUGAAUUUAGAUGUAUUGCAAGAAAUAAAAAUUGAGUCUGUC